GCCAUAAUCAAUCUCGACAAUGCUAGGAGUACAUAGUGGUAGAGUUCCUCGGAUACUGUCGAGAUGCAACCGUUGAUUCUUCUACUGAGAGUGAUACUAACCAGAGCUACGUGCUUAUCUUGAGAUUGGGAGCAAUCAUUGCAAGCACUAUUCCAGCGCAGUAAUGCCCCUCGCAGACACGGUCACCUGACCGUGAAGAAUAUUUCAGAAUCAUCAUGCGGUGAUUCGACGGACUCGGAAAACCCCACGCUACUGACUUCGAUGUACAGCACCUCAUCGAUAUUCCUCCAGGCCCUCUCUGACGCCGGUAUUACUCACCUCUUUGUGAACUGGGGAUCCGAUCAUCCCGCCCUCUUAGAAGAGCUUCAACGUCAACGAGCACAGAGCACGGAUGGGAAGACGGCGUGUGAAAUUGUGACCUGCCCCAAUGAGAUGGUCGCACUUUCCGCCGCGCAAGGAUAUGCCCAGAUCUCCGGGGAACUGGCAGCGGUGAUUGUUCAUGUCGAUGUUGGGACUUUGGCACUCGCUGGCGCGAUCCACAAUGUUGACCGUUCUAGAACACCGGUCCUAAUUUAUUCAGGCGCAUCGCCCUUCAGCAGUGGGGGAGAGUUGAAAGGCGGUCGAAAUGAAUGGAUCAUGUCUAUCCAAGGUGGCCGGCUGUCGAACCAGCAGCGCUCUCCCAUAGAGAGACCAACGUUCACUCGAGCCGCAUCGAUCAUCGCGGAAGCCCUCUGCAACGCCCGCUCUCCGCUGAUCAUCACCUCUCAUUCCGGACGCAGCCCCGCCAGCAUCCCUCUCCUGUCGGAGCUCGCCUCGACUUUGGCAAUUCCGAUCGUGGCCGUCUGUCCCUCCGCUGUCCCUGUCCCCUUCUCUCAUCCGUGCUUCCUCGGCACCACCUUUCUGAAUGGUGCCACUCACAACCCUCGUGUUGCGACCGCGGACGUGGUGCUUGUGCUGGACUCGGAUAUCCCAUGGAUCUCCUCGGCACAGGCUCCGAGCGAAAGUGCUCGCAUCUUUGUGAUUGAUUCUGGAGAUCCGCUCAAGACUGUGUCGGCAGUCGGCCAGUGGCAUGUCGAUGCCGAACUCAUGUGCAACGCGGACACCGUUCUGGCGCUGCAGGAUAUCUUAUCCUUGAUUGCGCAAUUCGAGAGGGACAAGGAGAUCGUCGAAGAACGGAGGGUUACUGUCUUCUCUGAGCAUGAGAGCUGGUUGCGGAGGCUAGACACCCUCGAAGGUGCAUGGCCUGAACAAGGGUUUUCGGUCCCCAAUAUUCUCGGCGUCUUGCGCAAAGCAAUCGAGUCGCAGACAACUUUGGCACAGACUGUAGUGCUGAAUGAGAGCAUCAGCAGCUAUACUUCCGUCUGGGAUCACAUGCGCACUGAAGUUUCAGGAGGCCAAAUCACCAGCGGAGGGUCGUCACUCGGCUGGGCGCUUGGUGCGGGUGUCGGGGCAAAGAUGACAGACAUAGGGAAGAGCAAGCUGGUGGUGCUGGUGGUCGGAGAUGGAUCGUUCCUCUUCGGCGUCCCGAGUUCUGCAUAUUGGAUGGCGAGGAGAUACGACGCUCCCUUUCUGACGGUAGUAUUGAAUAACGGAGGGUGGAAAUCUCCCAAGUUGUCUAUGCUCGCUUGUCAUCCUCAGGGUCACGGGAGCAUGGCCUCCGGAGCAGAUUUGUCUGUUGGGUUCGGGCCGUACUCGCCCGAAUUUGCACAGAUUGCAGUAGCUGCGUCCGCGGGCUGGGCUUGGGGCAAAAAGAUUGCAGGCAAUGGAAAUCAGUCGGAUUUGGAGAAGGGUCUUGCCGAAGCAGUUCGAGCGGUGAUAGAAGAGCGCAGAUGCGCAGUGGUCGAUUGCGUCCUUGAAUCUGUGUAAUCCCGGCCAUCGAGAUGAAUGUUGACAAUGACAGUUGACCACAGUAGGCUUGCAUAGCAGGGCUUGAUGAACCAAUCAUCAGACUUAGAUGAGAACCGUCACUCGCGCAACUCAAGGCAAAUCGAGAUUCAACUGCUACCGCAUAUCGAUUAUGUCGCUGUGAUCUGGAGAGCGUCUGUAGCUCUUUCUACUUCAUUUGCAAAAACUUUGCAAAAGGCUUCCAUCUCCCGGUGUACCCUGCCCCGGCACACUGCACACUGCCCCAUUGCCUUGUCUAUCGCGCUAUUCACCAAAUCUGAGUGGAUCUCGACUGUCUCGCCCACCGGUCUCUCUUUCAAGGCUACCGCCGCCUCGCCGAUGAAAUCCGUCCACCACUUGGACGCCCACUUGCGCCGAUCGGAUGAAAUGACGACCACUGCGAGGCCGCGGCAGGCGGUGCAUUCGAACCACGGGGAAUUCUCUUUGAUGAUCCACCGCAGAUUGCGAGCGACGGCCUCUGCGGCGUUACCGCAUCGCACGUGGAAGCUGUGGAGGCGGAGAUAGUCGCCUGCCGUGAUACAUUCCAGCUCCGGCGUGUACGCCUGUUCGAGUAAGGGGGUGCGCAAGAAGGCUCGGGCGCAACGCCGUGUCUCCUCGCUGAUUUCGAGGCCGCGGUCGCGCUGGGCGUGGAGUGCGACUGCGUAGCCGCCCAAGGAUAGCGGGAGCAGGUGAUGAGUAAGCAAGUGCGUACGAGCGAUCUUCUCGGGCCCAUCCAUACAGUACUUCUGAGCCGCCUGUACUACGCCGAGGCAAGUCUCAAGAUCGGACAAGAGUGUCACGCGACAGCGGGCAUCGUCCCACGGCGGAUAGCACAGGCGCAGCAGCGGAUCCACCACUUUGCUGUCUUCGGGGACUGGAAUGAUGGGAAUCAUGUCGUGGGAUGGUGUGCUCAGGAUGGAGCAAUUAUCUGAACGAUAGUAUUUUCUUGUUUGCGGCAGGGACAAGACCGCAGGCCACACACUUUCGACAGAGCUGCGCCGAAGCAGAACUUGAUGUGUCCGAUACUCGAAGCCGUCGGAGGAACGGAUGACGACGUCAGCCUUCUCGUCGUCAAAGGGCGGCUCGUUGACUGCGAUGUAAGUUGGAUCGCUCAUUGGUGGGUCAAUGAAUAUGCAGCAAGCUAGCAUAUAUAGCUCUCUGAGUCUUUUCUUUCGGUAUGUAAUAGAAACGGCGUGCGGCGAAU